AUGGCUCUCCGCGUAACUCCGGCUGCUUUUGCUCGAGUCAGCACGAAAGUGAUGCAACUCGGCGAGCUUGGCGCUGGAAUGGGAAAGUCUGGCGGUGGCGGUGGCUCGAUCCGUGACGCUGGCGGUGCAUUUGGAAAACUCGAAGCGGCUAGAGAGGGCGAAUAUUUUCACAAAUUACAAAUUCGCCAGAUCGAUGACAUGAGAAAGCAGAUUAGAAAAGAGCUGCAAUUCUCCGAGGCAGAAAUCACGAAGCAGCGCCAAAAUCUGCAGCGCACCCGCGAACGUUUGGCCGAACUCGAUAAAUUGGCCAGAGAGGCCAGCGAAAGAAUCAUCGAA